GUAUCAAAAUAUCAACAUCAGGAUCAUUUUUCCAGGCGAGGUGGAGGAGACAGUUCCCAGGAAAAAGUGCAAUUCGAAACUGGACCGCCGACAAAGAGUUGAGCUUACAGUUCGAAUGUUUACCAAAUGGCGACCCUAUUCCUGACAUUCCUCGUGGCGGAUCUUCGGAUUCUCCAGAAAGGUCUUCUCCUGCCAGACAUAAUUAUCCGGGUUCUUCUGUCAGGUCUUCUACGUCUGUCGAGCCUUCUCAUCCUGCCAGGUCCAGGUCUCCUCAUGUCGACAACCGUUCUAAUCUCCACCUAUAUAAACUUAACAGUAAGGAUUAACCGACAAGCCUUCAACAAAUAUGGCUCAUGUACAACGGAACUUCACCACAAUUCCCGGGAAGGUAAGCCAGGCACGCGAACGAGAUUCGAGGAUUACUUUCUCGAAAUUGAGAGACCGGACCUACGGUACAUCAAUAGUCUACGUUGCGUGAGCGGUGACGCGAACCGUGGCAGCGGUACAACCGGUGGUGCAACCGGAUUGUUACGUGGAAUUCGUAGCCGCGGAGGCGGCGGCGGGGGAGGAGGGGGCGGGGUCAGCCCCGGAGGGGGAAGCCCCAGAGGGGGUAGCCCGCGACUGGGGAGCGGGGGAGUCGUUGUAACUGAGGGCGUACCAGUGCAAACAAGCAACGGUCAUCAUCACCUGAACGGACACGGUCACGGACACCACCAUCAUCAUCAUCACCACCCCACCACCGGUACUCGACACACUAGGCACAAUAAAUUAACUGUCAGCAAACAGUGCAACGAACACCGUCAACACCUCCACAAUCACCGGCAUCAUCCCCACCGAUUCCAUCAUCGGGGCAUGAACAUGGGCCAAAAAGUAUCAGGUGGCGUGAAGAGCGUGACGCGCGACAGCGGUGCAGCCGCACAAGGAGGUAUUGGCGUCGGUGGAGGCGCCGCAGUAGGAUAUAAACAAGUCAUCCCGAGGGAACUGGCACAAGACUUUUCCAGACCUGCCCGUCUGGAUGUCCUUUUGGACAUGCCGCCAGCUUCUCGGGAAACCCAAGUACACCACAGUUGGAAUGCUGAAGACCGAAGUUUAAAUAUUUUCGUUAAGGAAGAUGAUAAAUUAACCUUCCAUCGUCACCCCGUAGCACAAAGUACAGACUGUAUACGGGGGAAGGUGGGAUACACAAAGGGCAUGCAUGUGUGGGAGUUGCACUGGAGUACGAGACAACGUGGAACCCACGCAGUUGUCGGCGUCGCGACGGGCGACGCGCCUCUUCACAGCGUCGGUUAUCAAAGCCUCGUUGGCAACAACGAACUCAGUUGGGGUUGGGACCUUGGUAGAAAUAAACUCUAUCACGAUUCCAAGAAUAGUAAUGGUACCACUUAUCCCGCACUCCUCAAACCUGAUGAGUCUUUCAUUGUUCCCGACAAAUUCUUAGUGGUUCUGGAUAUGGACGAGGGAACGCUAGCAUUCGUAGUCGAUGGCCAGUACCUUGGAGUAGCAUUUAGGGGACUUAAAGGAAGAAAAUUGCACCCUAUCGUCUCCGCUGUGUGGGGACACUGUGAAAUUACUAUGAAAUACAUCGGAGGCCUUGACCAGUUGCGAGUUCAAACAGCCAUUCUAAAGUUGGGAGUCCGAACAACUAUUCAAGAGUUGGGAAUGCAUAAAAACACUUUGAAGUUGCGAGUCUACAUGUCUAUAUUUGGGAGUCCAAACAAUCAUUUCAGACUUGAGAGUCCAAACAAUCAUUUCAGACUUGAGAGUCCAAACAACCAUUUAAGAGUUGCGAGUCAAAGAAACUACUCUAUAUUUGGGAUUUUAAACGGCCAUUCUAAAUUUUGGGAGUUCCAAGAACCACUCUAG